CGGUAAAGUCUCGCGGUGCUGCCGGGCUCAGCCCCGUCUCCUCCUCUUGCUCCCUCGGCCGGGCGGCGGUGACUGUGCACCGACGUCGGCGCGGGCUGCACCGCCGCGUCCGCACGCCCGCCCGCCAGCAUGGCCACCACCGCCACCUGCACCCGCUUCACCGACGACUACCAGCUCUUCGAGGAGCUCGGCAAGGGUGCUUUCUCUGUGGUCCGCAGGUGUGUGAAGAAAACCUCUACGCAAGAGUAUGCAGCAAAAAUCAUCAAUACUAAGAAGUUGUCUGCCCGGGAUCACCAGAAACUAGAACGUGAGGCCCGGAUAUGUCGGCUUCUGAAACAUCCAAACAUUGUGCGCCUCCAUGACAGUAUUUCUGAAGAAGGGUUUCACUACCUCGUGUUUGACCUUGUUACCGGCGGGGAGUUGUUUGAAGACAUUGUGGCCAGAGAGUACUACAGUGAAGCAGAUGCCAGCCACUGUAUACAUCAGAUUCUGGAGAGUGUUAACCAUAUUCACCAGCAUGACAUCGUCCACCGAGACCUGAAGCCGGAGAACCUACUGCUGGCGAGUAAAUGCAAGGGUGCCGCCGUCAAGUUGGCUGAUUUUGGCCUAGCCAUCGAAGUGCAGGGAGAGCAGCAGGCUUGGUUUGGUUUUGCUGGCACCCCAGGUUACUUGUCCCCUGAGGUCUUGAGGAAAGAUCCCUAUGGAAAACCUGUGGAUAUCUGGGCCUGCGGGGUCAUCCUGUAUAUCCUCCUGGUGGGAUACCCUCCCUUCUGGGAUGAGGAUCAGCACAAGCUGUAUCAGCAGAUCAAGGCUGGAGCCUAUGAUUUUCCAUCACCAGAAUGGGACACAGUGACUCCUGAAGCCAAGAAUUUGAUCAACCAGAUGUUGACCAUAAACCCAGCAAAGCGCAUUACGGCUGACCAGGCUCUCAAGCACCCAUGGGUCUGCCAACGAUCCACAGUGGCAUCCAUGAUGCAUCGUCAAGAGACUGUAGAGUGCUUGCGCAAGUUCAAUGCCCGGAGAAAACUGAAGGGCGCCAUCCUCACCACCAUGCUUGUCUCCAGGAACUUUUCAGUUGGCAGGCAGAGCUCCGCCCCCGCCUCGCCUGCCACGAGCGCCGCCGGCCUGGCCGGGCAAGCUGCCAAAAGUCUAUUGAACAAGAAGUCAGACGGUGGUGUCAAGAAAAGGAAGUCGAGUUCCAGCGUGCACCUGAUGCCACAGAGCAACAACAAAAACAGUCUCGUAAGCCCAGUCCAAGAGCCCGCGCCCUUGCAGACGGCCAUGGAGCCACAAACCACCGUGGUGCAUAACGCUACAGAUGGGAUUAAGGGCUCCACAGAGAGCUGCAAUACCACCACAGAAGAUGAAGACCUCAAAGCUGCCCCGCUCCGCACUGGGAAUGGCAGCUUGGUGCCUGAAGGACGGAGCUCCCGGGACAGAACAGCCCCCUCUGCAGGCAUGCAGCCCCAGCCUUCUCUCUGCUCCUCAGCCAUGCGAAAACAGGAGAUCAUUAAGAUCACAGAACAGCUGAUUGAAGCCAUCAACAAUGGGGACUUUGAGGCCUACACGAAGAUUUGUGAUCCAGGCCUCACUUCCUUUGAGCCUGAGGCCCUUGGUAACCUCGUGGAGGGGAUGGAUUUCCAUAAGUUUUACUUUGAGAAUCUACUAUCCAAGAACAGCAAGCCCAUCCAUACUACCAUCCUAAACCCACACGUCCACGUGAUUGGGGAGGACGCAGCUUGCAUCGCCUACAUCCGCCUCACCCAGUACAUCGACGGUCAGGGUUGGCCUCGCACCAGCCAAUCAGAGGAGACCCGGGUCUGGCACCGCCGGGAUGGGGCAUUAGGAGAUUCCAGCUGGAGGUUGAACCUUCGCAGCCAGUGGCUCUGGAGGGCCUGAGUGACAGCGGCAGUCCUGUUCGUUUGAGGUUUAAAACAAUUAAAUUACAAAGCGGCAGCAGCCAAUGCACGCCCCUGCAUGCAGCCCUCCCGCCCGCCCUUCGUGUCUGUCUCUGCUGUACCGAGGUGUUUUUUACAUUUAAGGAAAAAAAAAAAGAUUGUUAAAAAAAAAAAACGGAAUUUGUACCAUGACAUGUUUUACACCGAUAGCCCUUGGGCUGGCAAGAAGGCAGGAGUUUAUGUGAUGCCCAUCCUGGCAUGAGCAGUGGGCUCACCCACCAGCCCUGAAGAGGUGAACUUGGCCUCUGGCUCCCAUGGACUCAGGGGGACCAGGCAAGAACUCUGACAGAGCUUUGAGGGCCGUGAUGUGACUGCAGCUACUGAGAUAGCCUGCUUACCCCACGUCUAGGAAUGGACUUCGUCAGAAUUUGAUAGGAGGCUAGAAGGAGCCUCCUAGAAGGAGGCUGAUGAGAACACUGUGGCCAUCAGAUCUACUUGGGAGAAAACACAGAGCUGCAGCCUGCUCUGGAGGUAGCUGAGAAGCAGUGGCCUCAGGACUGAGGGCCAGGACGUUGCUGUACUGUUUUAUUUAGUGCAGAAGGGAAGAGAAUUGGUGCUGCAGAAGUGUGUCCGCUACGAAGCUGAUGAGAAACCUCAUGCUAGUCUGACAUGCACUCACUCAUCUAUUUCUAUAGGAUGUACAACGCACGUGGGCCCUGAUAUUGAGGCCUGAUCCCUGCAGCUAGGAAGGGGGAGGGGUUACUGCUUUGCUUUGUGUUUGUUUUCUUAUAACUUAGCCAGGAGAGCACCGGGCCCUCGUCAAGGCCCCCCUUGCCACCUUUGGCGCUUGUUUCUGUAUGGAUCUGAACCAUCUUUGUCUUGCCUUUUCAUGGUGGUGGUCCCCUUGCUGACCCUCAUCUGGGCCUGGGUCCCCUCCGCCAAGUGCCCCUGUGGGAUGGGAGGAGUGAGGCAGUGGGAUAAGAGGUGGUGUCUGUUUCUAUGCAUUCAGGCUGCCCUCAGGGCAGCCUCCCUUCUUACUCUUGCUGCACGCACAUCUCUUUUUCUGUCUGCUCUGGCAAGAAGAAGAGGUGUCUUCCUUAAAAAGGCCUCUUUACUGACCAACUGAAGUAUAGACUUAAUACUGGACAAUCUGCAUGGGCAUCACCUCCCCACCCAUAUACACCUGCAUGUACCCAAAAGCCAAGGUUUCUACAUUCAUUGUCCCUCUUUGUGCCCAAGGAGUUCCAUUCCAGGAGGGAAAGAUCUAUGCCCUAAGCAGAUAGCAGAGAAUAUAAUGGGAGGAGCAAUUGGUAAUGGUUUUGGUUUCUCCCAAACAACUGCAGAUUUAUGUGCAUAAAUAUCUGCACUUUGGGGGGACAGGUGCAUAAGACUCCAGCUCCCUGAACUACCUUCUGGAGGCACAAGAGGUAGGAGAAGAGGCAAUGCUACAGGUUUACUUUGGAGCAAGCUGAGAAGAGAGCAGACUCACAGGUGCUGGUGCUUGGAUUUAGCCAGGCUCCUCUGAGCACCUCAUGCAUGUCCCAGUCCUGGGCCCUGGCCCUGGCCCUCUCCUGCCCUGCAGCCUGCAGUGCCAGCACGCAGAUCCCUUCACCAUAGGGUUUGGUUUUGCUGGCUUGAAGACAAAUGGUCUUAGAGUUCAUUGAGACCCAUAGCUUCAUAUGGCUGCUCCAGCCCCACUUCUUAGCAUUCUUACUUUUCUGGGGCUAAUGUCAGCAUCUAUAGACAGUAGACUAUUUAAAAAAAAAAAAUCACCUUUUAAACAGGAAAUGGAAGGCAUUUGAUGCAGAAUUUUUGCAUGAUGACAUAGAAAUAAUUUAAAAAUAGUGUUUGUUCUGAAUGUUGGUAGACCCUUCAUAGCUUUGUUACAAUGAAACCUUGAACUGAAGAUAUUUAAUAAAAUAACCUUUAAACAGUC